AUGUCAUCAUAACAUUUGGUAAGUCACUAUCAUCUCAUUAAUAAUUUCAAAAUACUAAAGUUCACAGUAAUAAUAUCUACAAUGGGGGAGAAACUGGACGAGAAUUUCUUUUACAACACCAUGUUAACUAAAGCCCUGAUACAACUACUUCCGCCCUUCGAACGAAGGGCAACCCUAAUGUGGUUUGAAAAGCUGUUGACUAUGGAUAAAUCUCAAGAGGAAAAAGAAAUGAGAAAUGAGUAUUUGUGGUUCAUUUUGCUCAUGCUCCAAUGCCAAAAGAUCAGAGAGCCGUUCAAUAGGCCCCCACCAGACGAAAUGGAGCCACUUAGGGAUAUUGUGCCAGCAAAGGUAUACGAAGAGAUACUGAUUGCAAACGACGAAAAUAUGGAAUGGUUAGAGAGACCGGACUCUCAAAGGAAAAGUGUCCAGUUCAAUCAAACUGCUCCACCACAAUUUUUCCAGAAUCAACCUACUCCAAAAGAAGGAAUCAUCUGCUACAUUGCUGCAUUUAGUGAUAGAUCCAUCUAAGGUCACUGUUGAUAUACCAGUAUCCGUUUUUCAAAUAUGCCAACCAUUAUACAGAAAAGUAAUACACUCUUCACAGUAA